GUAGUAGGCAUCUAUCUAUCUUUUUGUGUGGCCGAUUCUGAUGUGCUGAAUCUUAGACCUCACCGUGGCAAAGCCGCUUUUCGGGAUACCCAUUUCCUGGCCGAUUGCCACGCCAUUGGAAUGCAUCCCAAAGACUUAACCGCUAAGAUUUCCCCCUUCACUCACAUAUUUAUAAAUAAGUUUGCCAACGACCGUUCUUUCACUUGAACCAAACAGUUUCUCCUACCCCCUUCUUUUCUUUUUUGCUUCUUCUUUGUUCUGUUCUAGAAAUUUGUAAUCGAUUCUCAUGAAAUCCGAGGUUUCUGAGAUUGAAGGAGGAGGAAUAGGAGGGCCGUCCUUGCCUUCACUACUGCUCGACCUUAAUGCUCUCCCGCAAGAUUGCAUCGCCGCCGUCCUUUCCUUCACCACUCCUUGCGAUGCCUGCAGAUUGUCGGCGGUUUCCACCACCUUUAAAUCGGCUGCCGAGUCCGACGCCGUCUGGGAAAGCUUCUUACCGUCUGAUUAUAGGGCUAUAAUUCCCUCAUCGCUAGCUUCCAAGAAAGCGCUUUAUCUCAGCCUUUGUGAUAAUCCUAUCCUUAUCGAAGGGGGCCGAAAGAGCUUCUCAUUGGAAAGAGGGAGCGGCAAGAAAUGUUACAUGCUAUCUGCCAGGGACCUCUCCAUUGUAUGGGGUGACACUCCAACUUAUUGGAGAUGGAUUUCUAUACCUGAGUCCAGGUUUGAAGAGGUAGCAGAGCUUCUUAGUGUUUGUUGGCUUGAAAUCCGUGGGAGGAUCAGUAUCUCCAUGCUUUCACCCAUGACGCACUAUAAGGCUUAUCUUGUGUUCAAGGCAACAACUGCUGGAGCUUAUGGGUUUGACCUCCAAUCUGUGGAAGUUGGUGUUGGACUUGUUGGCACUGAAGGUCAGAAGAGAGCUGUCUAUUUGGAUACAGAAAGACGCCGAGGACGUCGUUACCCGAUUGCCCCAAGGGGAAUUGGGCUAUUUACAAGAAGCCGUCUCUUUGGGUUGCAAGCAUCUGUACCUACUACUGCAAGUGAUGAUCAGUACCCGAAGGCGAGAGUAGAUGGGUGGUUGGAGAUUGAGCUGGGUGAGUUCUUCAACGAGGGAUGCAUUGAUGAGGAAUUGGAAAUGAGUGUUUUGGAGAUUGAGGGUGGUCACUGGAAGGGUGGCCUCGUUAUCCAGGGAAUUGAGAUCAGGCCUAAUCUAUGUGGAGGGUCAGAAAACAAUGCCCUUGUUCCCUCGGAUUUGUGCUUGAAUGCAGGUAUCUUGAGUCGACCGGACCCUAAAAAACAAGAUUUUUCUGCUUCGCUCCCUUGAUCACUUCGAAAAUUGAAUCAGAUGCCUUAAUUUCGGGCAGUGAUGAGUACGUAUAAGGCCGCUUUCAAACAUGUCAAUUGUAUUCCCGAUGACCGCUUCUUUCAGCAUUUUACCCCUCAGUGCUUCUGUUAAGCAUUGUGGUGACGAGGCAAUUUACCUCUUUCAGAAAGUUUAUGCUCAAAACUUGUUUUCU